UAUUGAUAUAAUUGUUUACGAUCGUUCCUUAACAGAAUUUCAUUCACUAAUUGGUUAAAUUUAUGAAGUUUAUCAGCUUAAAAAAACAGAUUAAGGAUUUUUGAAAUGUUUUCGAACCGAAGAUCAUGUCUCAGCUAGAAUCAGAAGAGAGUUUAUAUUGCGAAGAAGAUACCGAUAAUCCUUAUCAUGUUGUCUUGUUACCAGACAGUCCGUUGACAGUUGACAGUCAUUUAUCCCCCUGUCACGCCAUUACUCCAGUUUCGACUAAAAAUGCUCUGAGUAACAUUCAAGACUUCGUAGAGACGACAAUUGUAUUAAAAAAAGAUAAAAAAUCCGAAUUAGGUAUUAGCAUCGCUGGAGGUAACGAUACUUAUUUGGAGCAAGUUUGCGUAACUGAAGUACAUAAAGAUGGAGCAGCUUAUAAGGACGGUCGAUUGAAACGUGGAGACGUCCUUCUAGCUGUUAACGAUGCAUCUUUAAGGGACGUAACGUCUGUAAAUUCGGUCAAAUUACUUCGUGAAGCUUGCUCUCCCGUACGUCUUUUAAUACUCAGGGAAAAUCCUCAGACUCUAUUUACGACUUUAAGUGAUCCUUCGAAAUUUAUAACAGUAGAAUUAAGGAAAGGUAGUAUUAAGGACCAACUUGGUGUUAGUAUCGUGCAGAGAACAAAUGGAUGUGGAGUGUUUAUAACAUACGUGCAGCCAGGUAGUAUAGCUGCUAGACACGGUAGGAGAAUUCUUCAGGGAGAUCAGAUUCUAGAGAUUAAUGGACAUAACGUUCGUGAAAGCAAUCAGAAGGAUGUGGCUCACAUGCUGCAGCAGUUAGACGGUAAUAUAGUUCUCUUACUGGGACGUGUACCGCAUUUAACGCAAGCGAUUCAAGAGUGGGCGAGAAGGAAAGCGCAACAGUUUUUAAGGACACGUACCAGCACCUGGUCGUCUUAUACCGGGAUAUCGAAGGAAAAAUUGCAGACACAAAGGCCUAGUCUUCCAGUGAGUAAAGAUAUCUACUCUUUGGCAUUUCCAAAUUAUAACAGCAACGUGUGUCCUCCCGGUACAGACAGGUAUCCAUCCAAAGAUAUAAGCAGAAAUUCAAGCGUAAGAUCGCGUUUGAGUAUCGUGACCGAGAAUACUAAAAUGAUGCACUCGAACAAGCAAGAAGUUCACACAAUUGACGAUUUCAGUAAUGCAGGUUCCGAAAACCCCCUUCUACCGAGUAUCUGCGUGACAAGUUUCUAACACGGCUUCAUUGAAUAGUGAUACCAAUUCAUUCCGUGUCAUUAGCAAUAUUAAUUUACGUUUUUCUCUCUCUUCCCUUAUUUGUAUAUAAUAUACAUAAAUAUGUCUUGUGUAUUGGCUGUGUACAGUACAGUACAUGCUUCGGUUUUUCUUUUGUCCAUUUAAUAUGAAUAUUGUGCCAAAAUAUGAAAUAUAUUUGUGCCUCCUGUUCUAAAGCCAAGCUUUGGAUUUUAAAAAAAUAUAUAUAUAAAUAAAUAAAGAAUAGUUUUAUAAACCAAAAAUAUAUAUUUAAAAAUAAAACAGAAUUUAAUGUUUACGUAUAUAUAUACAUAUAUAAUUGUAUUUUUAAAACGUUUAUAUCAUCGAUAAGUGUGUAAAGAGUGAGGAAAAUCGUAAAGAUACACGUGUGUCGAGUAGAAAGGAUAAGUCAAUAGGGCCUUAUUGCCAGUAUAUAAAAUUAUUUUGUACAUAAAAGUAUGAGGUUUAAAGAAAAUAAUGGCCCUUGCCAGUGUAGGUUAAACGUCGAAUUUUAAAUUUAAGAAAUAAUAAACAAAGAAAAAAAAUGAGAGAAAAUACUAUACUUUUUUGCUUGAUAUAAAGGAUAUAAUUUUAUGU